AUGAGCUAUGGAUUUGACAGGAUUUACGGCAUUGUCUCACACGGAUUGUCUGAUUUCGUGUUCGGAGAAGCAGAAUAUGAGGAGGACAAGCAUGAAGAGACUUAUCAUGGUCUUGGGAUACCUAUUCACUUCCCUCUGGGCCAAGGGGAGUACCUGACUUCAGCUUGGUUAAAUGCCACGUAUUAUGACCGAGGAUUGCAAGGGCUGCUCGCCGUGAGAUACACCCUUGCCUGGGCCAGUCUUAACCAGCUGCUAACGAUUGCUCUGAGGAUACAGCUAGGCACAAACCUCGGCCGAGUUCAACAUUUUGGAGCCCACCAAAUACCUGAGCAGGUAGAUAUUGCCAACAAGCUCGACGCUCCAAAAUGGGUCCGCCUCAGCAUGGAACGGCCAGCAAAGAUUCAUGGACUAGCCUUUGAUGUACCAGAGUAUACUCGUUAUAUGAAGACUAUCUGCGGCUUUGGGGUAGCGCAGGAUGCCUGCCUCGAAUCAGACAGCGACGAGACAAACAAGCCUCCGCUCCUACCAAUCCAUGCCAGGGGCCCCACGCUCCCGACGCCCGAAUUCAUCAACUACCUUCGGCGGGAGAAAACGGGAUAUGGGCUGUCGACAGCGUCACUAAACAACAUCAAAACCCUGCACGUGCGCAAGAAGAUGAUCCAGACUCCCACGGGGUUGGUAUGCGGAUGCGUUGGAUUACGGGUAUUACAUCUCGACUCGAGCAUCGAGAUACUGGGUCGAUGGGAUCCGCGUGACAAGCACUCCAUAUCGAAAUUAUACGACUCAAGCGAAGGUAUAUUGAAGACGCUGACUUUCCACAUGGCUAAGAUUGAAAGGGAAAUGCACGUGGAAAACGUUACCGUGGGAGUUACGGACAACCCGUGGGAUUACCAGCCUCUGGAUUCGUCAACGGUGGUCCCCAUGGACCCUCCGAACCAUCCUUGGGACUCCAGGGACGGCGGAUAUUCGUCAGUAUUGACAAGUGCGAGAACGUUCGACUGCUCUCAGGUUAGCCAGGUAAAUGUUUCCCCUACUCUCCUCCCACUCCUGGGCUCCAAGCUCGAUUUCUGA